UACUGCGAUGCUAGUAUCAUGACGUUGCUUCUUUCAAGAGGAACUGACCACAUCAACAGUUGAGGUUUUCUGAUUAGAGAUGGUUACCUGCAAAUAUACUUAAGCAUUUUUGCGCAUUUUUUUGUAAACGAUGAUUUUUCCAUCAAUGGUAAAAUCAAAGACAGCAGUCUUGCAGCAUUUUCUUCGUUUCACCUUCAACUGUACAAAAUACCUACAACUAAUCACUAAUUAAAUUACAUGUCGCAGAAUUUCUGAAGCCAACAAAGAGUUAAUUCUCAAAAAAUAAGCUAACAAGCUUUAUUGCUUUCUUAUUUUUCAUCAUGAGAUAAGCAAACAUGUUAAACAUGUGCAGCUUCCUCAUUGUAUCUUAGAAAUCUAUUUGAAGUAUGCAAUGAUUAAAGAGAAUAGCUCAACUUUCCUUUUGAUGUUGACCUCAGUUGCAUAAUUGCUUUUUCGUGCUGAAGUCUGCAUUUUGUCAUGUUUUCCCCACGUUUAUGCUUUGGUUUUUUAUGUUUCAAGUUAUGUAGGGGAUAGGACUGCAUCUUUUGCGAAGUUAUUUGCUCAUCCAAGCUAUUCUUGUCAGAUCUGUGUUGAACAAGACACUAUAUUAGAAUAUCAAAGGAGCACAUUUGUUUUCUCUCCUUGCAGAUGCUCUAGUACUUAUAUUUGCUUGGGGCAGAUUCAUUGUGUUCUAUGUUCUUGAAAAAAAUAGUUUGCUAUUUUUUAUACUAUAAACUUUAGUUUCUGUAUAUUUUCAUUGUUGCAGUUACUGCCUCAGAGUUGAGAUGCAUGUAUCUUAGGAUUUGGGUUUAAAAUCAAGAGCAUAGGAUAGUUGCAAUGAGUUGCAAUGAUGAAACUGCGUGUUUCCCAGUAAGAAGUAAGCACAUCUAGAUGCUAAUUCUAAGUUUAACUUACAGCUAAUGUUCUGUGGUUUUAAUUACAACUAUUUGAAGUUGUUCAUGGUACUAGCAUGGUAACAUGGGUUAUAUAUACCGGCCCACAACGGUACAGAACCAAGGUAGUGGUCUGAGUCCGAGUUCUUUUCUCAGCAGCACACGAACAGAUCGUCCAUCAGGUGUUCAAUUCAGUGCUUUGCCGGGACUCAGAUGUCAAUGCCCAAGUAAUUGGAUUUCAUGACCAGAUUCAUCAAUCCUUUUUUUGCUUGAAACAUUUCUUGAAAAACACUAUGUUUACCUAUAAGCAAAAGUGUCUGCAAUGUAGCUUAUAUAAUGAAUCUGACAAAUUUAUCACUUAGCUAAUUAUAUUUAGUGUAACAAGUGAGCUUUGGCCUUUGAGCUUUGAUUCUUACCCUUAGUGUUCUUUGACCAAUUAAGUUCUCUAACUAUUAUUUCUUGGAAUAGCAUUUUCAUGCUUAAAAAUAUUCAAUAUCUGGACUUGUCAUGGCGAUCACUAGCGCUGACGAGAGAGUAGUGAACUAUGUAAAAGCUUCAGAUAGUGACUGAACCCAAUACAAGCAAAAUGUUUGCAAGUUUCCUAAAGCCCUAGACUGCUUUACUUUACAGGUACUUAUAGUCCUGUGGGUGUUAAUCAUCAUAGUCAAGAAAAUGACAUCAGUCGGAACGGAAUUUGGAGUUCCAGACUGCUACAUGAUAAACAUAAUUUCUUUUGUCUUAUAAGUUGAACAGCACCAACUGUCUACAUUGGAAACAGAUAAAAUUCUUGAGGAAGCCAAGAUACUUGCACAAUGGCCUACUUUUGCCCUUCAAAAGUUGUGAGGCUAGGGGGUGGCCUACCCUUUCGGCUACACUGUUGGGUUGCAGUACUUUGCUUGCGGCUUGCAGAGGCCACCCAUAUCUCCACGGAUGGCAAUGUGGGCACUCAAGUGUCGCCGAGGUGGCAAAUCUACCUGCCGGCGUGCAUGCGUGCAGCCAUCACAGACGACACAAAGACCAGUGUGAGCAUAACUUGCCAAUCCAGUCUCGAUCGAUGGAACAACCAGAAGAACAGAGCAGGGUACAGGUCCCUCCGGCAAAAUCUACAUGGGGCCGCGUGUAUGAACGUGACGUAAACCGUCAAAGGGAAGCGGGGCGGGGAAAA